AUGAGCUUCUUCGGCCGUUCCAACAAUCCUCCUCCCCCGCCACAACAGUACAACCGCAUUCCUGAUCGUGGACUCGACAACUCUCUACCUUCAGGCCCGCGUUCAGGUAUGAGACAAUCACCAUCGCGAUCUACUCAAGGAAGUGCCGCGAUGAGUGGGUAUAACGACCCCUCUGGAGCCUUGUUCGAGAGACGGGGAAUUGAUCGUCGACCACCUUCAGGAGGACCGCCGGUAUCAAGACAAGGAGGAAACUCCCAGUUCGAAGUGAAAUCUUGCCCCAGCGAUGUACUGGCACUGACCAACUGCUUGGUGGUGUAUCCUUCCGACUUUUCGCAAGGGCAGCAUGUCCUUGUUAAAGGACAGUUUCCGAUCACAGUCAGACACGAUGAUACUGGAAUGCUGAAGCCAGGCUUCAUUGGCGCGUCUGCCCUCCAAAGACAAUGGAUGGGUCUCUCUGUGGGCGACUUCAUCACCGUUGAACCCCUACCUCCCUCACCACACCCACUCGCACCCUCUUACUUGCAAUCCAUCGACCUUGAAAUGGGCUUUAUGCGUCGAGGGCACGAAAUCGCCGAAACGUUCUCCGCGGACGAAAUGGCCAAGAACUUUCUUCGCGCGUUCAACGAUAUCGUAUUUGCCAUAGAUGAGAUAUUUGUGUUCGAGUACCACGGCCAAAACCUGAAGUGUGUCGUCAAAGCGAUCUCAACGGUAGAGCUAGCAGACGAACAGCGGAAAGGGAUACCUUCGUCGAACCAACGGAGAAACCUAGAUGCAGGGAUACUUAUGGACAAGACCGACGUUACGGUCAUGAAGGCCGGGGAUAGCGCUAUCAAAAUCAAGUCUAGCGCGAAGAAAGCUCCCCCGAACGCCAUCCUGGCUCCCAAUUUUAAAUUCGAGGACAUGGGGAUUGGAGGCUUGGACACCGAGUUCGCCGAGAUCUUCCGUCGCGCUUUCGCGUCGAGAGUUUUCCCUCCGGCCCUUGUUGAGAAGUUGGGAAUCACUCAUGUUAAAGGUCUUCUGCUCCACGGCCCUCCUGGUACGGGGAAGACCUUGAUAGCAAGGCAAAUCGGCAAAAUGCUCAAUGCACGCGAGCCCAAGAUCGUCAAUGGGCCCGAAAUCCUCAGCAAGUACGUCGGUGCGUCAGAAGAGAACAUCCGGAAGCUAUUUGCCGACGCAGAGAAGGAGUCGAAAGAGAAGGGGGACGAGAGCGGACUCCACAUAAUCAUAUUCGAUGAACUGGAUGCUAUAUUCAAGCAGCGUGGUUCAACGAACAACGGCACUGGCGUUGGAGACACGGUGGUCAACCAGCUGCUUUCGAAGAUGGACGGGGUGGAUCAGCUCAACAACAUCCUCAUCAUUGGUAUGACGAACCGAAAGGACAUGAUCGACGAGGCCCUCCUUCGCCCUGGUCGUCUAGAAGUACACAUGGAAAUAUCACUCCCUGACGAGCACGGUCGUCGGCAGAUCCUCAUGAUCCACACCAAUCAGAUGCGUCGCAAUGGCGUAAUGGACACAGACGUGAACCUGGACGAGCUGGCCGCGAUGACAAAGAAUUUCUCUGGUGCUGAAAUAAGUGGUCUGAUCAAGAGCGCGACGAGUUUCGCAUUCCAGCGCCACGUUAAGGUUGGUACGAUGGCAGGGAUUUCGGAUGACGUCGAGAACCUUCGUGUGAAACGACAGGAUUUCCUUGCUGCUCUUGAGGAGGUUCACCCAGCAUUCGGUGUCUCAGAAGAGGAACUGGAGCAGGUCAUCCAGAAUGGAAUUAUCCAUUUCGAUCCGACUAUCGACGAGAUUCUCCAUUCCGGGCAUCUGUUCGUUGAGCAGGUCCGAAGCUCGACUAGUACGUUCGCGAGCAUUCUCUUGCACGGCCCUACCGGGUCUGGGAAAACCGCAUUGGCUGCAUGCAUCGCGCAAAGGUCCGAAUUCCCCUUCAUCAAGCUUAUAUCGCCAGACGCAAUGGUUGGCUUUGGAGAGAGCCAAAAGGUUGCUGCGAUAACAAAGGUGUUCGGCGACAGCUACAAGAGUCCUCUGAGUGUCAUCGUUGUAGAUAAUAUUGAGCGGCUGCUUGACUACGCCCCAAUCGGUCCACGUUACUCCAACGCCGCGCUUCAAGCGCUCUCGGUGUUAUGUGCCAAACGACCGCCUAAGGGCCGUCGUCUGCUUGUUAUCGCGACGACAUCGAAACGAGCUCUCCUCAACGAACUCGACCUUUUCGACAUAUUUACCGCAGACUUAUACGUACCGCCGAUAUCGCGACUGUCGGCGCUGGCUCACGUGCUCGAGGAACUUCAACUGUUCCAGUCGAGCAAUGAACAACAUCAGGCCCUAGGCAAGUUGCGCCAAGCUGGAUUUGCGGAUGAGGAUACGUCGUCGAAGAUGCAUGUUGGGAUCAAGAAGCUUCUCAGUACGAUCGAAAUGGCAAGACAAGAGCCGGAGAACGUUGUUGAUAGAUUGACGGGGGCAUUAUUAGGGAUCGGGAUGUAA